AUGGAUGACGAAGAAGAGCACUACGACUUUAUGUACCAAGGAUGGGUCGCCUAUAUGGGUGAGAUGUUGCAUAGAGAUAUGUCGCAUGUCCUCGCUCAGAUGCGGACAAACGGCGGUGUGCUGCCACAGGUUGAGUUUCCACCUCGAAGACCAAGGUAUCCGUGGGAAUUUGGACUUUUUCUCCCCUUCGAUGCAUUUCCUGAGCCCGAUACUGAAGAAAGAGCCGUCAACUCUCCGGAGCAUGAAGGAAACGCCGUUGUCAAGGCUGAGCCUGCGUCGCCUGAUACCCUGGUAGCACCCGAGUCACCUCGAUCGCCAUACCUUUACGACAUCCCUCCCUUUCAUCGUUCACAAACCCCCUCUCCAGCCAAUCUUGUAGAGGCAGACGUCCACUUGGUUGAUAAUGAAGCAACCGCCACUGUGAAGCCGGAGCCUUCUCCAGAGACUGACGACGAUGUCAUAGAGAUACCUCGAUCACCAGGGUCUCCCUCACUCCAUGACAUCCCCCGCUUCUACGCCGCACCCGACCUGUCCCCUCCCCAGCCAUCCCCCGAAGACAUGGAACGACCCAUCCCAUCUCGCGCGCCCUCCCCACGAACCAGUCCCCAGAGAAACACGCUCGGAGGACGCGUUAAUGGCCAUGGCAUUCGUCGUAAUCUCCAGUUCUUCAUCAACCGUGGAAAUCAGCGGCGUGCGAUUAGUCACGCCCAAAUGCUCCGUCGCCGUCGAAUGCAACACCAGCAUUUCGAGCUGCGACAGUACCGGCGUCAUGUGGAUGGGCUUCAGCAACAGCAUGAACAGCGGCUGCGAGACGGCGAGAACGCGCCUUGCAAUAGCAUGCCCGUGUCGCGGGGGCGUCGGUUCCAUGCUGCGCCGCGGUAUGUUGAGAGAUUCAGCGUUCGAGAGCAAGACCAGAGUGGUCGUCUGAGCCCUUAUGAGUUGUACUAA